CAAAAAUGAAGAGAAAAGGAGAAACACGUUUGGGAUAACCUUGGCAGGAAACUGCGUGCAGUCGCCAAGGGGUCAAUCAUCAUCAUUUAUUAUUCUUCUUCCCUCAUACAUAUACACAGAUCAAAUCAAACAAUCCCCAAAUCUUUUCAUAAAUAAGGCUUAAUCUUUGUUUGGCCUGAAUUUCCUGCAAUUUCAUCAGCUAAUUUUUCUUCACAUUUAAUUCAGAUUUUGGAUUGAUAUCAACUUCAGGUUACUGGUGCUUAGAUUGCAAGUUGUAUUUGGCGUCCAUUUAAAAUGGGGAUCUCUGAUACGGUACGUGGCCUUUUCUCCUGUAUCAAGUCGCGCUCCGCAAGUGAUGGUGAUGAUUCUGCCCAUAACGUCGAGUUUGCUGGUGGAAACGUGUGCCUUAUAACUACAAAAGAAAGCUGGGAUCAGAAGUUGGCAGAAGCAAAUAAAGAGGGGAAAGUUGUUAUUGCGAAUUUCAGUGCUUCGUGGUGUGGUCCAUGUAGAAUGAUUGCUCCAUACUACUGUGAGCUGUCUGAGAAAUAUCUUUCUCUGAUGUUUCUAACAGUCGAUGUUGAUGAGCUUACGGAGUUUAGUUCAUCCUGGGAUAUCAAAGCAACUCCAACCUUCUUUUUCCUCAAGGAAGGCGAACAGAUUGACAAACUCGUAGGGGCCAAUAAACCAGAGCUGCAAAAGAAGAUAACCGCAAUUGCAGACGCACAGGGAACAUGCGAGACACAGCCGCAGUAAUUGCAGUUGGAGGUGGGAUUUGUCCUAAAAAUCCCUGCUUUCCAGCCUUGUUGUCAAGAAUUCAAGACUCCAAUAGGACUCCUUUGUUACUUUGAGUUGCUGGCAAUAUGUUGUACAGUUGUACAUUGAGCCACUACUAAUUUGGGGACAUCUCGUGUGUAUGUAAAAGAAGAAUUGGAAGCAGUCCAUAUUCAACCCCUCCUCCACCCCCACCCCCAACCAUAAGCAUAAAAAAAUUGAAGGGCAAGUUGCAUAUUUGGCCGGUCAGCCGAGAAUAAUUGCCUUCUCUAGCCAAAUAUACAACAAUUAUACACGAUUAUGAUAAAAAGUGUAUACUUUAUGUAUACUAUACAUUGGUAUACCAAAAUACACACAUGGUUGAUUA